CUUGGUGUUUGAUCGAUUCUAUAUCCCUUUGAACGAAAGAAACCAGAUACAUUCUUGUCGUAAGAUUGGGAACCAUUUCCUUUUUUUUUCUUUGAGGAAAUUAGGCAUUCGAUGGAAGGAGGGGUAGAUCCAAGAAACUGGGCAGAUCUAUUCCCUGAUGCACUGGGGUUAAUCUUUAGCAACCUAUCUCUUCAAGAAACACUCACAAUUGUCCCAAGAGUCUGCAAAUCAUGGAACCAUGCAGUCUUAGGUCCUUACUGUUGGCAAAACAUCAACAUUCUUGACUGGAGCUAUCGGACGAACCCUGAUCACAUUGACCAUAUGCUUCGGCUCCUGGUUACCAGAAGUGGUGGCGCCCUCCGUGAGAUCACCGUCUCAGGCAUUCUGAAUGACCUCACUUUCUCAUUUCUCGCAGAUCAUGCAAGAUCGCUACAAAUCCUGCAGAUCCCUAGAUGUAACAUUAGUGAUUCGAUUGUGGAACAAGUUUCAACUAAGCUUUCUGCUGUCACAUUCAUGGACUUAAGCUACUGCUGCAAGAUUGGUGCCCGUGCCUUAUCCGCUAUUGGAAAAUCCUGCAAAUCACUGGUAAGGUUUCGGCGAAACAUGCACCCAAUAGACUUAAAAGAGCGGCGGCCACAGGCGGAGGAGGCGGUGGCCAUUGCCGCCACCAUGCCCCAGCUGAAACACCUAGAAAUGGCGUAUAACUGUAUAGACACCAAGAGUGUGGUGGAGAUCAUCGAGAGCUGUAACAAGCUUGAGUUUUUGGACGUGAGAGGGUGUUGGGAUGUGAAACUGGACCAAGAUUGGCUCGAGAAGAGGGCUCUAACCGUUAAGGUGUUGGGCCCGCAUGUAGUCGAUCAGUUUGAGGGCCAUAGUUGCUCGGAUUAUUCGGAUUCAGAUUCGUUCUACGAUUAUGAGAGCUUGGAUGAUGGAUUGUGGGAUGAUGAUGAUGAUGAUGGAGAAGAUAGAGUUGGAGGGAGGUUAGAACUUAGGUUUUAUGAAGAGUUUGGUGAGAGCAAUGGCAAUGGUUGGCUUUGAGUUAUUUUGGAAACUUCUUGUUUCUAAAGACUUGAAAAGCUAUCAACUUUUCUUCAAUGUGAUCUAUUAUGAAUGUCUGUUUGAAGUUUUGUUUGUCUACUCUUGGUUUCUAAUGCGCAUGCUAUAUUGACUUGUAUCUUGUGCAAUAAAAGUUGUAUAUUGUUUUGCUUUCGUUA